AUGAAGGAAGCCAAGAGCACACCAAGACCCAGAGUGAACUGCAGCAAGACUCCUGACUUUGUCCUUGUAGGACUGUCCCAAGGUCCAGAGCACAGGCAGCUCCUCUUUGGUCUCUUUCUUGCCCUUUACCUGUUGAGCCUCCUAGGGAACUUGCUCCUUCUGCUGGCUAUUGGUGCAGAUGCACACCUCCACACUCCCAUGUACUUCUUCCUCAGCCAACUCUCCCUGAUGGACCUCUGCUUCACUUCCACCACAGCCCCUAAAAUGCUUGAGGAUCUAUGGACAAAUAGUGGAUCCAUUUCUUUUCCUGGAUGUCUGGCCCAUUUAUAUUUCUUUGCUGCUUUUGCUGAUAUGGACAGCCUGCUUUUGAUUCUCAUGGCUAUCGACCACUAUGCUGCCAUCUGUCAUCCUCUGCACUACCCACUACUAAUGACUCCCUGUAGAUGUGGGCUACUGGUGGGUGGGUCAUGGGGGGUGGCCCACUUUGUCUCUCUGGUGCAUAUUCUGUCCCUAUGUCAGUUAUAUUUCUAUACUAAUCAAGAGAUUCACCACUUUUUCUGUGUUUUUGGCCCACUCUUUCAACUUUCUUGCUCAGAUACCCACCUCAGUGAGGUCCUGAUGAUGGUUCUGACCGGGUUGUUAGGACUCGGCCCUCUCCUCUGCAUCAUAAGCUCCUAUGCCCAUAUUUUCCAUGCUGUGGCUAGGGUCCCAUCAGCACAGGGGAAAAAGAAAGCCCUGACCACAUGCAGCUCCCACCUCUCUGUGGUCAUCCUCUUCUACAGCACAGUCUUUGCCACCUACCUGAAGCCCCCAUCAACCCCUCACUCCAUGGGGGCGCUGGUUGCUGCUGUCAUGUAUACCCUGGUAACUCCCACUCUCAACCCUUUCAUUUACAGUCUGAGAAAUAAGGAUGUGAAGGGUUCACUGAAAAGGGUUCUGGGUUUAAAGGGUUCAUAG